AAAUUCUAGAGAAUCAGGAUCUGAGUCAAUGCGCGAGCCCGUGAGCGUGAGUUUGCUAUUUCUUCGAACAGGUGCUGGCCAUUUAAUUUGCGUCGAGCCGCUGCUUCUAUCAGUCUAGGAUUUUGUGCUUAUUUCGUCUGUCAGUUAAAGUUUAAUGUAAGCAUUCCUCCAUGAUAUAGAAAUAGCGAUCUAUUGAGACAUCAGCAUGGUCAAGGAGAUGGGAUAUUAUGACCUGCUGGGCGUGAAGCCCAGUGCCAGUGAAACCGAGCUAAAAAAGGCUUACCGCAAGCUGGCCCUGAAGUACCAUCCUGACAAGAAUCCCGAUGACCCAGAAAAGUUCAAACUGAUUUCCCAAGCUUAUGAAGUCCUGAGCGACGCCAAGAAGAGGAAGAUCUACGAUGAGGGAGGCGAGCAGGCGCUUAAGGAGGGGAGUGGAGGCGGUCCCCACAACCCCAUGGACAUCUUUGACAUGUUCUUUGGCACACACUCGAGGACGCACGAGCGACGCUGCAAGGACGUGAUCCACCAGCUGGGGGUGACGCUGGAAGAGAUGUACAAUGGCUCGCUGCGAAAGCUAGCCCUCAAGAAGAAUGUCGUGUGUGACAAGUGUGAAGGCCGUGGAGGUAAAAAGGGUGCCGUGGAGACGUGCAAUGCCUGCAAGGGGACGGGAGUCCAGGUGCACAUCCGCCCCAUUGGGCCGGGCAUGGUGCAACAGAUGCGGACGGGCUGCGGGGAGUGCCAGGGCCAGGGGGAGAAGAUUAAUCCUAAGGACCGCUGCAAACAGUGCCUAGGGAAGAAAAUCAUCAAGAACACCAAAAUCCUGGAGGUCCACAUAGACAAAGGAAUGAAGGACGGUCAGAAGAUAACAUUCCAUGGGGAAGGGGACCAGGAACCCGGUCUGGAACCAGGCGACAUCAUCAUUUUACUGGAGGAGAAGCCCCACAAGACUUUCAAGAGGAAAGGCCGUGAUCUUGUCACAGAGUUGAGGAUAGAGCUGGUGGAAGCCCUCUGUGGCUUUAAGCGCAUUAUAAAGACACUGGACGAUCGAGAAUUAGUCAUUACCUCCCAUGAAGGUGAUGUAAUCAAGCACGAUGACAUCAAGGUGGUCCACAACGAGGGCAUGCCCACCUACCGCUCGCCCUUCGACAAGGGCCGUCUCAUCAUCCACUUCACAGUCAACUUCCCCCAGACAGGCCAGAUCCCCGCUGAGGCCAUCCCCAAGCUGGAGGCCAUCCUGCCCGAGCGGCCCGAGUACAUGGUGGGCGACGAUGCCAUGGAGGUCAACCUGACGGACUAUGAUCCCCAGCGCCACCAUGGGCAAGGUCGCUAUGGCAAUGCCUAUGACGAGGACGAGGAUGACUAUCACGGUGGGCGGGGCGGGGGUGUGCAAUGCCAAACCCAAUAAGUCCCACUUCAGGACUGAAUCCGGCAAUUAAAUACUACUCCCGGGUUUAAAUGUUAUGUAUUGUUUGCUUAAAUUAUAUUCAACGAUGACGAGCGUGUUACAGGUAUCUUCCUCAUUGUACCGUGCAUUACAGUGUUACUCUUUGAAUUUUUACAUUGCAUAAAGGGUUGUAUUGUAAGUGGAGAGGAGAAGGUAAUGAUGAGCCCCCACCAUCAGACUCCUUUGUCUUAUUAUGUCCACAGACGUAAAUCCAGCCAUAAUUCCUUUGUAGCUCUGUUGUUUCUGAACAAAAGUUAUGCAUUUUUUGCAAUUGGAUUUUGUACUGGGCAUUUGUAUGUAUUUUAUGGGAAUUUAAUUUGCCUGCAAGCAAAAGACUUUGCUGUUUCAUGGGCACAUCUUAAAGUAACUCAACAGUAUUAAUUUGUAGAUUCCAGGUGCAUUGUGAUGUAAUAUCGUCCUCAUGCGGUGGUUCGGAAGAAGUCUAUGCUGAGUGUGUGAGCAUUGAGAACAUCUAGGAUUUGGACAAACAGGAUUGGUUCCAAUCAAGCCUGGACCCAGUACAUAGCCAUGUCCAAACUACUUGGCUGCGGCUUCAAAUAAGACACAACUCUAUGAGAAGUGACUGCAUUCACAUUCAUAGACUCCUGUGUCAUUUCAAGCAAUAGCCGAGUAAUUUGGACAGGCCUUAAUAUAUAGGGCUGAUAUAAAGCACACAUAAAUGGCUAAGCAAAGAAAACACUUGCCCAGCGAAUGCAUGUAUCUCAUGUGACCGGUUCCCGGCUUUCUUUCUGGGCAGCUCAAAAAAUUUCCUGAGCUGCUCAACAAGCACGCACGUGAUCUGUAGUAGCCGCACUUGCUUAGGGUUUGUCUGUUGUGGAGGUGGAGUGUGAAGCCAUGCACAACCAGAAUGACAGAAAACUGAAUGGAGAGAACACCUGCAUGGUUUCACUCGCUAGGUAUGCUGUCUGAAAGCAACCAUGUUCGUAUGACGUUGGUGAGGCAUCAAACAGAAUGGCAUUUGGCGUUGUUUUGUUUGGACCCACCUUUUUGCAACACCACACACUGGCCAGGCUGUAUCAUGCAGGCUGGAUGCGAAACUUGCUUGCUGUGAAUGCACCGUGGUGUCGAACAGAUGAUUGAGAACCAAUCUUAAAUCCACUGGCAUUUCAGAGUUGUGUCACUGCUCCACAGCAUUUUAUUGUUUCCGCUUCCGAAAGGUAUUGUAAAAAAGUUUUGGUCAUACCAUGAAGCGAUAAUAGUUUGGUGUACCACGAAGUGAUAGCCCAGCAGUUUGACUCAUUACAAUUUUGUAUUACAGUUCACAGCGCAGCAACAAUCCAUGAUAACUUAGUUUGUGGUGUGACUGACAGAAUAAAAACAAGACUUGCAUUACA